AUGAAUCCUAAGGUGUUUAUGGAUAUUAAGAUUGGCUCACAAUCAGCCGGCAGGAUGAUUUUUAGCCUCUUUUACGAAACCGUACCCAAAACAGCCCAGAAUUUUCGUGCUCUCUGUACUGGUGAGAAGGGCUAUGCUACUAUUAUGCCAUCGAAGCCAUUAUGGUAUAAAGGAAGCAAGUUUCAUCGUGUUAUCCCCGGGUUCAUGGCCCAAGGUGGAGAUUUUACACUCGGUGAUGGUAGAGGUGGUGAAUCUAUAUAUGGACCGAAGUUUCUUGAUGAGAAUUUUAAGUUGCAACAUGAUAAAAGGGGUCUAUUGAGUAUGGCUAAUUCCGGUCCUAACACAAAUGGGUCUCAGUUUUUUAUUACAUUUAAAAAAACUCCAUGGUUGGAUGGCAAACAUGUUGUGUUUGGAAGCUUGGUAGAUGGAGGGACAGUAUUAGACCAGAUUGAAAAAUUAGGAACACAACUUGGGACACCAGAAGAAGUGAUUGAGGUGGAAGACUGUGGAGAAUGCAAAGAUAGUGAUGAAAAGGUGUAA